AUGCGACGAGCGACACAUCUUUUACCGCGGAGUAUAUCCCAAACGACGUACCGACCGACCUCAUUUGUAGGUACUUUUCGAGAUAGAGCCGCAUCACAACUUUUUACAAAACAAAGCCCAUCCUCAUGCCUUCGCACAUUUACUUCGACGAAUAUCUGGAGAGAAGAGAAGAGUCACACAGAAAAGGCCAAGGAAUUGAGUCGAAAGGGAUUGGACAAGGAAGAAGAUUGGUUCAACAAUCAACUCGAUAAUGCAAUCGGCCAGCAGAAGGAAAUACAAGCAAGAACACCAUGGCAUAGAGAAGGCGCCGAUCAACCACCUGUGAAGAGGAAUAGGAGUGCUGGGGCUAUGACAAAAGGCAAACUUCUUACUACACCCUCUCGACUUCUAAAGCUCAUUUUGCCUUUGACCACGCGGGAUAAGAACUCUGAUCGGAAAGAUAUUGAGCCAUUAGCUCUUCUCGUCCACCCUCAACAACCUCUCUCCUAUUUGGAACGACUUAUACAAUCCGAACUGCCCAUGAUAACUGCAAAAGAUGGACAUACUGAAAAAGUACCCGAAGUGUAUUUCCGAGCUGAAGAUUCCGCACAAGGCGAGAUUAAAGCAGAUUCUAGAAGAGAUGACAUGGACGGAGAAUCAGAAGAGGGAACAGACGAACAGAUGGUCGAUGGAAAAAUUAUGAAACUUGGGAAGAUCAAUAGCUCGAAAGAUAAGAACAUAUCUAGCGAAGAGAAGAAACAAAUACAAAGUGAAUUAAGGGGAGGACCUGGCGAGGGAGGAGUAGAAAGUUAUUCGGGACGUGGACGGGAACAAUCUUCCGAUGGAGAAGUGAAAUUUGUUCGCUGGUCUUCAUCGACUGAGAUUGGAGAUUUCAUUCGUGAUGCUGCGCGGGGGAAGGAAUUUGCAGUUGAGAUCGAAGGUGCAUCUCAUGAGAUCCGAGUUGGCGUGCCGUCUUUCAACGAUCGAACCCAUUACCUUCGAGUUCGUCUACGCAAAACCAGCAGGAAAUUGGCGGAUUAUGCGAAAGUGAAGAAAGAAUGUGAUGAGCUUGCACAUCGAGGAGCGAGACAUCUUGCCAUGGGCGGUUUUGGCGUGCUUGUGUCGUGGUGGGGUGCUAUCUACUACUUUACGUUUAUGACUUCUUAUGGGUGGGAUACCAUGGAGCCGGUUACAUAUCUAGCAGGUUUAUCGACUAUUAUUCUCGGUUACUUGUGGUUUCUCUACCAUAAUCGCGAGGUAUCUUAUAGGGCGGCGCUCAAUUUGACGGUCUCGAGACGGCAGAGUGCGUUGUAUCAAGCGAAAGGAUUUGAUUUGCAGAAAUGGGAGUCAUUGAUUGAAGAGGCGAAUGCGUUGAGGAAGGAGGUCAAGAAUAUUGCUGAUGAGUAUGAUGUGGAGUGGGAUGAGAAGGCUGAUGAGGGGAGUGAAGAGGUUCAUGAUGCGCUAAAGGCUGAGAGGAAAAAGACUAAGAGAAAGGAGAAGGAAGAUGAAGGGGAGGACGAUGAUGAGGAUGAGAAGCAUACGAUGAAGGGGAAAGAUGAUUAA